AUGACAUAAUCGACAAAAAAUUAAAUAAAAUAAACUUAAGUAUACUUAAGGGCCAUAAUAGCUUGUCUAGGAGGGCAUUUUUUCGGUCUAAACAAUACUCUACUUAAUUCAUCACAAGAACAUAUAUGUUUUUUAAAUUAAUGGUUAUCUAAAUAUGACAUAGCACUUUAUACAAGUUUAAUAGCCGCAUUAUAUCCUCUAGGAUGUAUAUUAGGAGCUAUUUAUACGACAUAAUUUCUACGAAUACUUUAGAAUAGUUAUAGAAAAUCUUUAUUAAUAAUAGAUUUAAUAGGCAUAAUUGGAACAAUAUAAAUAACGAUGAAUUCUUCUUUAUAAAAUAUAAUGUUAGGAAGAUUUAUUUCCGGAAUAGCAGUAGGCUUAAAUUGUGCAAUAAUACCUUUAUAUGUAAAAAUAUACACGCCGUAAGCCAUAAGAGGUUAAACAGGUACUUUGUUUCAAUCUUUGUAAACUUUUGGCAUGUUUAUAGGACUUAUAUUGAAAUCCAUAAUGCCUAUAUACCCGAAAAUAACAGAAAAAGAUAUAUAAUUAUAUUAAGAAACUAUGAAUUCAUAAACAUAUUUUGAAUACUAUUUUUCCUGGAGAAUCGUAAUGGGAUUUCCUUUAAUUUGUUGUUUAAUAAGGUUAUAUUUUAUGUUAUAUAUUUUCACAGAAGAAACUCCGCAAAAGCUUGUAUCUUAAAGAAAAUUUAAAUCUUUGAAAAAAUUUUGUUAGAGAAUUUACACUAAAGAAGAAUUAAAAUAACCUCAUAUUUAUCCAUAAAUAAAUAAUAAAGAUGGAUUGCAUUAAUAAAUAGAAUUAACAUAACAAGAAACAUAAAUAGAUGAAAAAACAAUAGAAAGAAGUCGCAGAAGAAGAAUGUAUUUGGGAAUAAUAGUCUAAAUUUCAUCAUAAAUAAACGGUUUGAAUGGUGUCAUGACUUUUUCAUCUGCUGUAUAUAAAGAAAAUACUGAUUCCAAUUCAAUAGUUUUAUUAUAUUAAGCUAUGUAAGGUUUAUCUAUUUUCUUAUUUACUUUAUCCAGUAUAUUUGUUAUAGAUAGAUUUGGAAGAAAAAAAGUACUUAUGAUUUCUGCUUUAUCGACUUCUAUUUCUCUUCUUUUUGUCGCUUUAUUUGCUUAUUUGGAUAUUUUUUAUUUGUCUUUUAUUUGCAUAAUUGUAUAUUUGGGAUGUUAAGGAUUUGGCUUAGGAGGUGUUGUUAUGCCUUAUUCCGCAGAACUUGUAGAUAAAAAUGAUAUGAGUACUUGCAUUGGAUGGAGAUGGCUGUCUUAUGGAUUAAUCGUUUUGACUUUCUAAUUUAAAAUUCUUAUUUUCUAAUUUUAUGGAACUUUUAUCAUUUUUUCAGUUCUAACAUUUUUAUGUUUUGUUUAUUUCGUUAUUCAUAUGAAAGAAACUAAAGGACUUUCAACUUAAUAAAUUCAUAGAUUAUAUUAUUGA